GUUGUCACUCGGCCCAUGAGCGUGUCUGUCGUCCCUCUGGGCGUGUCCAGGCUGCUGGCCUCAGGCGCUGAGCCCCGUGCCCCACUCUGCCCUUCCCAGGCUCAGCGCUGGCGCAGUGAGAACUUUGAGAGGCCCGUGGACCUCGAGGGCUCCGGGGACGACGACCCCUUCCCGGAUGAUGAGCUGGACGACCUCUACUCGGGGUCGGGCUCGGGCUACUUCGAGCAGGAGUCGGGCCUUGAGACAGCCAUGCGGUUCAGCCCAGAUGUGGCCCUGGCAGUGUCCACCACACCCGCUGUGCUGCCCACCAUGGACAUCCAGCCUGUGGGCACCCCGUUUGAAGAGCUCCCUGCUGAGCGCCCCACCCCAGAGCCAGCCACCAGGCCCCCAGUGGUGACAGAGGUCCCAGAAGAGCCCAGCCAGAGAGCCACCACCAUCUCCACUCCCACGGCUACCACUGCUGCCACAACCACAGGGGCCCCGACGGUGGCCACGGUGCCCGCCACAGUGGCCACCGCUGCCUCUAGCAUCCCUGCGGCUCCCCCUUCCACAGCCACCACCUCUGUUGUAAGGACCACCGGCAUACGGAGGCUUCUGCCUCUUCCACUGACCACGGCAGCCACGGCCCGGGCCACCACCGCAGCGGCGCCCUCACCUCCCACCACGGUGGCUGUCCUGGACACGGAGGCCCCAACACCCAGGCUGGUCAGCACAGCUACCUCCAGACCAAGGGCCCUUCCCAGGCCAGCCACCACCCAGGAGCCUGACAUCCCUGAGAGGAGCACCCUGCCCCUGAGGACCACUGCCCCUGGACCCACGGAGGUGGCUCAGACGCCAACUCCAGAGUCCUUCCUGACCACCAUCCGGGAUGAGGCAGAGGUGCCGGUGAGCGGGGGGCCCAGCGGGGACUUUGAGCUGCCGGAGGAAGAGACCACGCAGCCAGACAGAGCCAACGAGGUGGUGGCCGUGGGCGGGGCUGCGGCCAAGCCGUCACCUCCACCUGGGACACUGCCCAAGGGUGCCCGCCCAGGUCCUGGCCUCCUGGACAAUGCCAUCGACUCGGGCAGCUCGGCGGCUCAGCUGCCACAGAAGAGCAUCCUGGAGCGGAAGGAGGUGCUCGUAGCUGUGAUUGUGGGUGGGGUGGUGGGCGCCCUCUUCGCCGCCUUCUUGGUCACGCUGCUCAUCUACCGCAUGAAGAAGAAGGACGAGGGCAGCUACACGCUGGAGGAGCCUAAGCAGGCAAGCGUCACGUACCAGAAGCCUGACAAGCAGGAGGAGUUCUACGCCUAGCGGAGCCACAGUGCCUCCCCGUAGCCUCAGCGCCACCCCUCCGCCCAGUCCCCAGUCCGGCCCCACCAGCUGUGGCCUGGGACUGGGCCUGGGAGGAAGCCUGGCCCCAGUUCAUCUCUGCCUGCCCACCCAAGGUCUGCCCAGACUGCCAGAUCUUCCCCAGGGGACAGGGGGCACUGCCAUCUGCCCCAGACUGUGCCCUUACGAGCUCAUCUCUUGUCCCCCACCAGCCUGGGGCUUCAGGACCUCAUGUCAGAUGGACAGGAGGAAGGAAGCUCCUGAUUGGCUGGUGGAAGAAGGGGUGGGGCUUGAGCCCCAACCUGGCCCCACAGGGCUGGCUGAGGUCUCCUUUUAGGGGCAGAGAGGCACUCAGGCUGGUUUCCAGGACAAGCAUUUGGCAAGCUCAGCCCUUGAAAUCAUCAAGACACCACAACCUUGCGCUCCUGUCCCAGGGCCCCUCUCUGCCUGGGUGGGAGGGUAUCCCUUGUCACCAGCCUGUUUUAUUCUGGCCUCUCUAGGGUUGUGGGGUCAUUCUCCCCUCACUGCUGCCCGAUACACAUGCACCCACAGGCUUCACCUCCUCCCCAGUCUGCCCCUGAGGAAUUGGCUUCCCGAGGGCGCCCUGGCAGCCACUGGUGAGGAGGAGCUGGGCUGCUUGGACCUCCCUCUCGAGAGUGGACUCUGCACAGACACUGUCUCCCACACGGUCACACAUGUUGU